UUCCCGCGUACCAAAUUUGUGUUGUUAUUACCGAUUAAACCCUGAACUAGUUCAUGCUGUAAAUUUUUUUACUUGGUCUUUCAUUUUGAUUAAACUUGGCAUAUACUUGCCGCCGAGAGCAAAAUGUUAUUUGUAAGCAUACUGAUAUCACAGUUUGUUACUUGUCUGACGCAACCUGAUUUUUUUGAACGGCCUCCUCCUCCAGAUUGGUUUUUUCCAGGACCUCUUCGGCCUUGGGGACCGCCUCCACCUUGGCAUCGAAACCGAGGUCCUCCGCCAUUCGGACCCCCACCUCCAUGGGAUCGACCACCGCCACCUUGGCGAAGACCUCCAUGGCAUAGAAGACCUCCAUGGGGUCUCCCGCCACCGCCUCCUCCGCCUGAGCCGGAACCACAACAAGAUCAGCCGCAAGUUAUGUUUAGUCAGGAUAUAGACAAGGUUGUCAAUAGUGUGAACCAGAAUACAGCUGCGUUCCAGCGCCCCGGAGAAAGUUAUGAUAAAGUUAUCCAGAUUAUGAGUUCUUAUUUUAAUCGAAAAUCAGGAUCUCAAUAUGAUAUAAACACUGUAAUCCCGUCCAGUGGGAUUUACAACAAUGAAAUGGCUGCAAAUAGCAAAAUUGCUGCAGUUAUGUUUGAAAGUGAUAUGGCUUUAACGGUUUCACAAAUGAAUAAAGUAGCUCAAAACGGCUUUCGUGUGAAACGAAAAAUGAAUUUGAACGGAACAACGUGGUCUCGAAACAUUCCUUAUCGUUUUUUAGAUACUGAUGGUAACUGGCAAUCUCAAAUAACAAACGGUUUAAGACACUAUGAAAGAAACACUUGCAUACGUUUUUCUCUCAAUGGAGGUGGCUCGGAUUACCUGGUUUUUAGCAAAGGAGAAGGAUGCUAUUCUAGUGUUGGCAGAUUGGGAGGCCCUCAGGAAAUUUCUAUUGGUGAUGGAUGUGAAACGCUCGGAAUUAUUACUCAUGAAGUGGGUCAUGCUUUAGGAUUUUGGCAUGAACAAGCGAGACCUGAACGAGAUUCAUACGUUAGAAUCAAUCGCCAAAAUGCUAUAAAUGGUCUUGAAGGCCAAUUCGACAAGAGAUCGUGGUCGGAAGUUAACGAAUACAGCUUACCUUAUGAUUAUGGAUCGGUUAUGCAUUACGGACCAAAAUCUUUUUCCAAAUCUUCAACAAUGAACACCGUUGAACCAGUAGAUCCUGCAUUCAUUAACACUAUUGGAAACAGAGUGGAACCUUCAUUCCUUGAUCUUAAGUUGCUCAAUACGGCUUUCUGUUCUAACAUUUGCACCAAUCGGAUAAACUGCCAACACGGCGGUUACGCGGAUCCCAACAAUUGUGGGCAAUGUACGUGUCCGACAGGACUGGAAGGAACAUAUUGUGAACGACUGCAAACUUCUAAUUGCGGUGUGGAACUUCCACGGGCAGAUUACUCAUGGAGAAAUAUUUCCUAUUCGGGAUCAUCUGACUGUUAUUGGAGAAUUGUUUCGGCAAACGGCGGCAAUGUACGUUUUGAGCUCACCUAUGUGAUGUAUAGAUGUUCUCCAGUAUGUGAAGAGUUUGUUGAGAUGAAAGCAGAAUAUAGUCAUGAAGCAACCGGAUACCGGCAGUGUUGCAAAGCCGUCCUUGGUGAACGAAUUAGCAAAGGAAACAGUGUUCUGAUUAUUUCAAAAGCUACUCAGAACUCACAAUUUGUACUCAGAUAUAGAGAAGAUGGUACAGCUCCCACUCAAAGACCACCCCCUGUCAGGGUUGCUGCUCCAAGAAGUUAUUCUUUACUGUGGUCCGGUUGGACAAGAUGCUCUGAAAAUUGUGGUUCUUGUGGUACUCAGUAUAGAGAAAGAUGUACAAGUACAACGAAUUGCUUAAGAUCAGCUAAACAAACAAGAGUCUGUAAUACUCAGCCAUGUGCACAAGGAACCACCAGGGGAAAACGCAGUGUUCUUCAAACUCAGAUCUCACAUCGUGUAAAACGUCUCAAUGGGUGGUGUUGUGCCAGAUUUGUUCUUUCAAGAGGUGUCUGUGUUCCAGUGAGAACAGGGGUGACGCAUCCGAACUGAAUAAGAAAAAUAGAAGGAGAAGCGGAAUCUAGUUUGAAUCAUAACAUCUAUGACCUUCAGAUAACUGUCUAAGGAUCAUCCUUAAAGGAUGUGCAAAUAAAGUGAAUUUGAAU